GUUUUGAUAGUGAUUGGUAUUAUUGUACCACCACUGUUAGCCGUCUUGACCACAUUCGGUAUAAUGGGACUGGCACAUAUUGAAAUAUAUCCCAUUCAAAUGGUCAUUCCAUUCCUCAUACUUGCUAUCGGUGUUGAUGAUGCUUUCUUGAUGUUACACGCAUGGAAUCGACUGGCUCCAGCUUACGAUCACUUGAAUGGUGACGAGCGAUUUCGUAUGAUACCAACUAUGUUUGGUAAAGUUUUGGAGGAGGUUGGUCCAUCGAUAACGAUCACCUCGCUGACGAACGCAAUUGCGUUUGGUAUUGGUACCACUGUCUCAACGCCAGCAAUUCAGUUAUUCUGUAUGGCUGCAACAAUAGCGAUGGUUAUGGAUUUCAUCUUCGAGUUGACGCUCUUCGGCGCAUUACUUUCGUUGGCUGCACGUCUUGAGAAGGUUUGUCAGGUGAGCGAAAACGAUCCAGGCGUUCUCGAUCAACCGCGAACAGAAUCGAUCGUUCUCAUUGUGAUCUUAUUGAGAUCGAUGAAAUAUAAUGCGACUUUAUAA